AGCCCAAUUAUUUCUGUUCCGAGGUAUAAUGUUUUUUUUUCGUACGGAUGGAUGGCCACGAAUGUCGUCGUCGUCUUCUUCCCUGGCCUCCCUCCCCACUUCUUCUUCCCGCCUUCUCCUCCUCCCGAGGCAAUCCCGGCGCGCCGCUCCCCCGACCGCCGGCGACCGCACCCGCACCCGGAAUUUUUUUUUCGCUUCUCCUCGACCCGACCCAGCCCCUCCGUCUCGAUCCAGACCCGGCCCUCCAAUGGGGAUCUCCAAGGUAACAGGCACGGCGGCGGCGGUGCUCCUCUUAACCUCCCUGGCGCUCCACCACACGCGCCUCCGCCUCCUCGCGAUCCCUUCCCUGGCGACCGCCCUCGUCGCCUGCGCCGUCACGGCGGCGUCCCACACGGCCGUCAACGUGCCGUGGAUCCUCGGCAAGUCCGCCGCCACGGGCCGGUUCCCGCUCUGGUCCUUCGCGCUCUUCGGGCCUUUUCUCAUCCUCGCGCGCUCCUACGCCAUGGCCAAGAGGUUCCUGCGAAAGAAGGAGAACGUGUUCGACGAGAUCGCACAGGGCCUCUACCUCGGCGGCUGGCCCUUCCUGCCCGCCCACCUGCCCCCUGGAGGCCCCUCCGUCGUCGAUUGCACCUGCGAGCUCCCCCGGAGCGCCUUCGUCGACGCCGACGAGUAUUUGCUCGUCGCGACCUGGGAUACCAGGGCGCCAGCGAUCGCCCAGAUCGAGCUCGCCGCGCGCUGGGCCUGCGAGAAGAGGGCUCAGGGCAAGCCCGUCUACGUCCACUGCGCCUUCGGCCAUGGAAGAAGUGCCUGUGUGAUGUGCGCGAUUCUAGUGGCGGCGGGCAUCGCCGAAGACUGGAAGCGCGCCGAGGAAAUCAUCCGAGGGAAGCGGAAGAUCAAGAUGAACGCCCAGCACCGCAAGACCUUGGAAGAUUGGUCCAAGAGCCGCGUUGUCCAGAAGAAGGAUAAUUAAACUAGCUGUGAGCCAAAUUUCUUCUUUACACCGUGUAUUCCUACCUGUCUUGUGAGGUUAAAGCAGGUCCGAAACACCAUAAACCAUGUGUUUUAGGAAUUACCAUAACAAACUGACCCAUUUUUGACACGAUUGAGAAAAUUCUUCAAUUUCCCCCCCUGAAGAUUCAAGAAGGUCAUCCUUUAUUUUGCAAACCUUGUAUAUGCUUGUUAGCUCAAUGUGUAAGCAACUUUUUUCACAACAGUACCCAGUGUUGUGCAGUGUACACAUUUAUUUAUAAUGGAAGCAAGUUUUCCUGAA